UGUCGCACCAGCCGAACUUUGGCAGAGUUCGUUGGCCUGAAUGUGGGCCGGCCAAUUGCGUGGCUUGAGGAAGGAAGUGUGAAAAGUUUGCACGGAGCAACAGAGCGAUGAGCGAGCCCACAACUUAAGCAAAACUUCCAAAUUGUGCGUGCACAAAGUCGCUCGUCCAACUUCAGCCAUGGCGUCCGAGGUGCAACUUUUGGGACUUGACAUAUGCGACAGUUUGGUUAGCUCGGACGACUUCUCUGGCUUCCAGCGGUGGAUCGGUCCGGCUGGCUCGUCUGGCGGCUCCCGCAGUGGUUCCCCGCCUCCAACGUCACCCUCGCCGCCAGACCCUGCUGCGGCGGACAACAGCGACCCCGACGCGACCACCCCGAGGACGUCCAUCGUGGACUGCCUGCUCGUGGAGCUGUACGACACGUACAGCGGUAGGAGAAACUUGGACAGCUGGGACAGCUCCACGGAGGCGUCCGGGCCGGAUGCCUUCCUGGGCCGCUGUAACACCGGAUCCGGAUUCCUGCAGGAGCUCCAGGAGAAACACACCAGGAGGCAUCAAGUCAACUAUUUGGCCCGCAAAGCCCCCGAGGAGCUCCGUGCCAUCAUCCAGGAGGUCAAAUACCGCACGAGCGUCCAGUCGGCCAAGCUGAUUCGCCAGCUGAGACGGCGAGACCGAUUGGUGCACAAACUGCACAAGAACUACGACAUCAUCACUGCUUGCCUUCAGGCCGUUUCGAAAAAACGACGAGUGGACACAAGGCUGAAAUUCACCAUUGAGCCUUCUGUUGGGAAGAAUGGAUUCCAGCAGUGGUACGACGCCCUGAAAGCUGUGGCCAGACUUCCAACCGGCAUCCCUAAAGAAUGGAGGAAGAGGGUGUGGCUGACGCUGGCCGACCAGUACCUCCACAGCAUCUCCAUCGACUGGGACAAGACGCUCCGAUUCGCCUUCAACGAGCGCAGCAACCCGGAUGACGAUUCGCUGGGCAUCCAGAUCGUCAAGGACCUGCACAGGACGGGCUGCAGUUCGUACUGCGGCCAGGAGGGGGAGCAGGACAGGGUGGUCCUGAAGCGGGUUCUGCUGGCGUACGCCCGCUGGAACAAGGCGGUGGGCUACUGCCAAGGCUUCAACGUGCUGGCCGCGCUCAUCCUGGUGGUCACGCAGGGCGACGAGAGCGACGCGCUAAAGGUCAUGAUCUACCUGAUUGACAAAGUGCUGCCCGAGAGCUACUUUGCCAACAACCUCCGCGCUCUGUCAGUGGACAUGGCGGUGUUCCGAGACCUGCUGCGCGUUAAGCUUCCCCGCCUUUCCCAACACCUGCACCGCCUCCAGAAGGCGGCCAAUAAGGAGGCCGGAGGCAGCUACGAGCCGCCGCUGACCAACGUGUUCACCAUGCAGUGGUUCCUCACCAUGUUCGCCACGUGCCUGCCGGCGCCCACCGUGCUCAAGAUCUGGGACUCGGUGUUUUUCGAGGGCUCCGAGGUGCUCUUCCGCGUCGCCCUCGCCAUCUGGGAGAGACUCGGAGAGAGGAUUUUGUAUUGCCAGACGGCCGACGAGUUCUACAGCACGAUGGGUCGUCUGACCGAGGAGAUGCUGGACCGCAACCUCGUCGACCCUCCUGACCUCAUACAGGAGGUCUACGGGAUGGCGCCCUUUCCAUUCCCUCACCUGGCCGAGCUGCGGGAGAAGUACACGUACAACAUCACGCCCUUCCCGACCUCAGUGAAGCCCAACGCAAGCGGUCAGGAGAGCGACGACGAGACGGUGGAAGCGGACGACCAAGACGCGGUGAUGUCGGCGCUUGGCUGUUUGGGGCCGCUGGGGGGGCUGCUGGCGCCGGAGAUUCAGCGAUACCACAAGCACCUCAAAGACCAGCGAGCCGACAUAGCCGAGCUGAGUCCGGGCGCGGUAGGGGGAGGAGCCAGGGCGGACCACCAGGCGGCCAUCAACAGCAUGAUGCUGGAGCGCAUGAGCACUGACAUCUACGCGCUCAAGAAGCAGUACGCGCGCAUCAAGAGGCGGCAGCAGCAGCAGGCCACGCAGCUCUGCAUUCGCACAGACAAGUGUCCCGCCACCCGCGUUCUGGCGUCCCAGCUCAAGCCUUCCAGCGGCAUCAUCAAUCAUCUGCUUGUGGGUCGCAAGCCCCGCGGCGCUUCCUCGCCGUCCGGCAGGGUCUCCUCCACAGUGGCUCCGUCUCGCGCUAGGGGCUCUCCGGCCAGGCGGCGCCGCCGCGACUCUCGUCUCUCCGACGGCAGCGUGUCGUCAGGCUGCGGAGGAAGCGCGGGGUCUCCCCAACCGGCUCGGCGCAGGAACGCGACCCGGACCCCAGCUGAGCCGGGCUUGGGAGAAUGUCAGCGGCUGGAUGAAGAGGAGGGCAAAUCGGAAGGCGGGAUCGCUGUUCAGGGGAGCAGCUCCUCCGCAGAGAACGUUUCCGCACAGGUGGAAGAGGUGGAGGCGCAACUGGGCUCCGUGCAUCUGGACGAAAACCUUCAAGAUACGACUUUGGAAAAAAGCGAGCCCGCUCCUCCGGCUUCUUCAGUUGCUCCAAAGGGCUCGUCAAGUUGCGCCGAUGGACAUUCCUCCGCCGUGGCGCCGCCUCCCAGUGACAGCGGCUUCCCCUUUUCACCACCUUCCACUCUGAGUCCAUCUCCUUCUCCGGUUUCCACGUUUACAUCUGCUGAGCCGUCGUCCUCGCCCACGCCGCCUUCCACGCCGCCCCCUAGCUCCGCCCACCUCGCCGCUUCCUCCACACCCGUUCAAGGCUUAUACCAGACACGCUUCCUGUCCACGCCGUCCCUCUCCUCCAUCGCCUCCUCGUCUCGAUCGCAUCUGCCGGCCUCGCCGUCCAUGACGAAGCCCUUCUCGCCCUUCCCGUGCGUCAAGCUACCCAAGAAGUCGGCGGCGGCCCGAAACCUGGGCCUGUACGGCCCCACCUCCAGGACGCCCGCCGUCCGCUUCCCCCAGCUGAGCCGCAACUGUAGCAGCGGCGCCGGCACCACCAGAAGGCGCUGACAACUUUUGCCCACCAGUCAGUCACACAUGGCUUGGUGAUCUGCAGGUCGGACCAGACCAGAUUGGAACUGACUCCGCCCACCACACUGAAGCCAUCCACUUGUUUCUAUGCCAAGAAUAGAUACCAAGCAAAGGUUUGAGAUUAAAAUGCAAAAUAUGUACGCUUGCAUUGCAACUGUUGUAGGAUAAUUAAAAGAAGUACAAAAAUUGAAACCGA